UAUGGCAAAACGCAAGUCUUCGAUCAGCAACGUGUCUUUGUUAAAAUGGAAAGAGCCCAUCAGCGUCGUCUACUCUAACUCGGCCGAACUCAUCCGUCCCUUCUGUUUCAACUACGGCCAAGCGAACGACACCCCGCAGGGAAGCAACUUCCACUCGUACUAUAUAUCUCUUGAGGAUUCCCCUGAGAAUAAAGGCUUUUGUUCGUCCAUCACCAUUCUCUUCAAUCUUAUUCAAGAUGCAUUUCUCUUCGUUCGUCGCUCCUUCUUCGCCCUGCUAGGUGCAGUGUCUGGUAACUCGCUCGCUGGUCGUGCGGCCCAGCUCACCCAGGUCCAGAACUUUGGAGAUAACCCUUCAGGCACUGGCAUGUACAUUUAUGUACCCACCAAGCUGGCCGCCAAGCCUCCGAUCAUCGUUGCCAUUCACUAUUGCACUGGCACCGCCCAGGCUUACUACCAGGGAUCUCCCUAUGCCCAGCUUGCUGACCAGAAGGGUUUCAUUGUCAUCUACCCUUCUUCUCCCCACAGCGGAACUUGCUGGGAUGUCUCUUCGCAGAAGUCUCUCAAGCACAAUGGUGGCGGUGACAGCAAUGCCAUUGCCAACAUGGUCACCUAUGCCCUGAAGAAGUACAACGCCGACCCCAAGAAAGUCUUCGUUACUGGCUCAAGCUCUGGUGCCAUGAUGACCAACGUCAUGGCAGCUACCUACCCUGAGCUGUUUGCUGCUGCCACUGCUUACUCCGGAGUUCCUGCCGGAUGUUUCGUAUCCUCCUCCGGUGCCGUCGAUGCCUGGAACUCGACCUGUGCUCAAGGAAACGUCGACCAGUCAGCCGCCUACUGGACUAACGUUGUCAAGAACAUGUACCCUGGCUACAGCGGUGCUCGUCCUCGCUUCCAGGUUUACCACGGUAGCAUCGACACCACCCUCCGCCCCAACAACUACAGAGAGUCUAUCAAGGAAUGGACUGGUGUCUUUGGCUUCGAUGCAACCAAGCCUCAGACUGUCAAGAACAAUUUCCUGCCAAUGGAUACACUACUGAUAUCUGGGGUUCAGGGUAUCUCCGCCUUGAACGUUGGACACACUGUCCCCAUCAACGGUGCCCAAGACAUGGCUUGGUUCGGUCUC